ACUUUUUGAUAUUUUGAAGGAGAUGGAAGAGUAAUAAGUCCUUUGCCCCGUAAUAAAUCAUCAUGCAUCUCAUCCACAACAAACGUGACAGAACUGUGUGGGCUGGAAGUGAAAACCGCCACGGGCUCCUUAUCGGCAUUCGGAGACUCCUCCAUGCAGACGCCUUCCAAGUCCAGGAUCCGGCAGGGCUGCCACAGUGCUGGCCCAGAUGUGUCUGGGGACCACAUUAAUCUAGUGAGCUCAUCGAUGCCUUCAUUCCCUAUUCUCCAACGUUCUUCGGAAGAGAAAAUCCUUUACUCUGACAGACUGACCCUAGAAAGGCAAAAGCUGACUGUGUGUCCUAUCAUCAAUGGAGAAGAACACCUUCGUUUGCUCAACUUUCAACACAAUUUUAUAACUCGAAUCCAAAAUAUUUCUAAUCUACAGAGGCUAAUAUUCUUGGACUUAUACGAUAACCAAAUUGAAGAAAUUAGUGGGCUUUCUACUCUGAAAUCACUCCGUGUCCUUCUGUUGGGGAAAAACAGAAUCAAGAAGAUCUCAAAUCUGGAGAAUCUGAAACUCUUAGAUGUCUUGGAUCUUCACGGAAAUCAGAUCACCAAAAUUGAAAAUGUCAAUCACUUGUGUGAUUUGAGAGUUCUAAAUCUUGCUCGGAACCUUUUAAGUCAUGUUGACAACCUUAAUGGGCUGGAUUCCCUGACGGAACUGAACCUGCGGCACAAUCAGAUCACUCUUGUGAAAGCACUCAGCCAGGGUCCUGACCUCAGAGCUGGCGGACAGGAGCGGGACACAAAUUUCGCGCGGACCGAGUGGAGGCGGACCGUAAAGAGGAACGGACCGGAAGUGGCGGUUGUCAUAGCCACCGAAGGGUUCGGCCGCUUCCCGGCCUUCUCGGCUGGAUUCUCUCGCUUGGUUUUGGUGAGGUCCGGGAAGUAG